CCACCUAGCAUGAUCCACAGAAACCAGGAGGUGCACCACCACAGGUGAACACAUAGCGACUUGACCGUCCCUGACCAGAUUCCAGGCUGGCGACACCCUCAACGUCCAACACGCGCUCCCGUUCCGCCACUCGCCGCCGGGCCCAUACAUCACCGCCGCCGCCUCGCCCGCCAUGAGCUACGGCAAGAAAGAUGAGGACGCGGACCUCGGUCUGGUCAAGGUCGACCGCACCCAAGUCUUCCAGGAAGCCCGUCUCUUCAACAGCUCCCCGAUCCAACCGCGAAGAUGUCGCAUCCUCCUCACCAAGAUCGCCCUCCUCCUCUACACCGGCGAGUCUUUCCCCACAAACGAAGCUACAACUCUAUUCUUCGGCAUUUCGAAGCUCUUCCAGAACAAAGAUGCUAGCCUUCGCCAAAUGGUCCACCUUGUCAUCAAGGAGUUGGCCCACUCCGCUGAGGAUAUCAUUAUGGUUACAAGCACCAUCAUGAAGGACACUGGUGGCAGCACCGAGGCUAUCUACCGCCCGAACGCCAUCCGCGCUCUCUGCCGCAUCAUGGACGCUCAAACGAUACAAUCGAUCGAACGUGUCAUGAAGACGGCCAUUGUUGACAAGAACCCGUCCGUCUCUUCGGCGGCCCUCGUGUCGUCCUACCACUUCCUUCCUAUUGCCAAGGAUGUGGUCCGAAGGUGGCAGUCCGAGACCCAGGAGGCAGCAGCCUCGACCAAGUCAUCUGGCGGCUUCUCUCUCGGCUUUUCGUCUUCGAGCAGCUCCCUCCCUGUCAACAAUUCCACCAUGACACAGUAUCACGCCAUCGGUCUCUUGUAUCUGAUGAGGUCGCACGAUCGCAUGGCUCUCGUCAAGAUGGUCCAGCAAUUUGGGGCUCCGGGGGCUGUCAAGAGCCCUGCAGCGAUUGUCAUGCUUGUUCGACUUGCUGCUCAAUUGGCCGAGGACGACCCGUCCCUGCGGAAGCCUAUGAUGCAACUCCUCGACGGAUGGUUGAGGCACAAGAGUGAGAUGGUCAACUUUGAGGCCUGCAAGGCAAUCUGCGACAUGCGGGAUGUUACGGAUGCCGAGGUCACUCAAGCCGUCCACGUCCUGCAGCUCUUCCUCUCCUCCCCUCGUGCCGUCACCAAGUUCGCGGCCCUGCGUAUCCUCCACAGCUUCGCUUCAUUCAAGCCUCAGGCCGUCAGCGUCUGCAACCCUGAUAUCGAGGCUCUCAUCUCCAACAGCAACCGGUCCAUCGCUACAUUUGCCAUCACGACCCUGCUCAAGACUGGCAACGAGGCUAGCGUAGACCGCCUGAUGAAACAAAUCUCCAGCUUCAUGUCUGAGAUCACCGACGAGUUCAAAAUCACCAUCGUGGAGGCCAUUCGCACGCUUUGCCUCAAGUUCCCGAGCAAGCAGGCUGGCAUGCUGACCUUCCUCUCCGGCAUCUUACGCGAUGAGGGUGGCUACGACUUCAAGCGUGCGGUUGUUGAAAGCAUGUUUGACCUCAUCAAGUUCGUGCCUGAUUCCAAGGAGGAGGCGCUCGCGCACCUCUGCGAAUUUAUCGAGGACUGCGAGUUCACUAAGCUCGCUGUGCGCAUUCUCCACUUGCUUGGUCUGGAAGGCCCCAAGACCUCUCAGCCAACCAAGUACAUUCGCUACAUCUACAACCGAGUCGUACUCGAGAAUGCCAUCGUCAGAGCCGCCGCUGUCACCGCGCUUGCUAAAUUCGGUGUUGGUCAAAAGGAUCCUGAGGUCAAGCGCAGCGUCGACGUCCUGCUCACAAGGUGCCUGGAUGAUGUUGAUGAUGAGGUUCGCGAUCGUGCUGCCCUCAACUUGAGACUUAUGCACGAGGAGGACGACAUGGGCGACAAGUUCAUCAAGAAUGACAACAUGUUCUUGUUGCCGUACUUUGAGCACCAGCUCGUCAUGUAUGUCACUUCAGACGACAAGUCUGGCUUCGAGACGCCGUUCGAUAUCAGCAAGAUCCCUGUCGUUACUCGGGAGCAAGCAGAUGCCGAGGAUCGCACCAAAAAGCUUACCGCGAGCACGCCUUCGCUCAAGCCGCCAAAGACCGGCCCGACCAAGACUGCCGCAAGUGGCGCUGACGCUCAAGCAUCGAGUGCCGCCGCCGCCGCCAAGGUCGCCGAGGAGCUCAUGGCUAUUCCCGAAAUUAAGGAGUUUGGCAGUGUGCUGAAAUCGUCGCCAGUUGUUGAGCUGACUGAGGCCGAGACUGAAUACGUUGUCACAGUGGUCAAGCAUAUUUUCAAGGAGCACAUCCUGUUCCAGUACGAGAUUAAGAACACCUUGGACGCUACGGUGUUGGAGAACGUCUCAGUCAUGGCUACACCCGCCGAGGAGGAGGAGCUUGAGGAGGCAUUCAUCAUUCCGGCAGACAGGCUCGCGACGAACGAGCCUGGCAAGGUCUAUGUCGCCUUCAAGAAGCUCAACGGCGAGGCGUCGUUGCCGACCAGCCCCUUUUCGAACAUUCUCAAGUUCACGAGCAAGGAAAUUGACCCCACGACCAACGAGCCUGAGGAGAGCGGCUACGACGACGAGUAUGAGGUCGGUGAUUUCGACCUUGCUGGCAGCGACUACGUGAUCCCUGUCUACGCUGGUAACUUCAACCACCUUUGGGAGUCAAUUGGUGCCGCUGGUGAGGAGGCCUCAGAAACUCUGCAAUUGUCGAGCAUGAACAGCAUUGCCGACGCUACCGAACAACUUGCCAAGGCUCUCUCGCUACAAGCUUUGGAGGGUACAGACGUGCCCGUAAACCAAACGACACACCAGCUGAAACUUUUGGGCAAGACUGUCAACGGUGGCAGGGUCAUUGCAAGCGUAAGGAUGGCGUACUCUUCAAAGUCUGGCGUCACCACAAAGAUCACAGUACGGAGCGAGGAAGAAAAUGUGGCAGCCAUGGUCGUGGCGUCGGUCGCAUAGGGAUAGGGUGACUUUGGUAAUGAGGUAUGGUGUCAAUUGUUUCGAGCCAAAUGCACAGAGGGUUGGUAUAGAGCAGUAGACAAAAAAAACGCUCCUUGUCAAACCCAAAAAU